AUGGAUAUCACAAGGUUCAACCAAAUUGUGGCACUCCCUGACUUUGCACGUGAAGUGGAGAGGUGUGAGUUCUGCGCAAUCGAUCAGGAGAUGACGGGCGUCGAUGUACCUGGCAUUCCCACACAGUUCGGUGCCCCACCAGAGGCAGUGUACCACGCAAAGCGCAUCGCUGUAGAAACAUACAACGCCUUUCAAAUUGGCAUCGCCCUCUUCAGGAAAACUGAGAAUAACGUGUACGAGGUUCGUCCAUACAACUUUUACCUGCUCAACGACAGUGGGGACCUGCGCCUCGCCCUCCCGGCGGUUUCUUUUCUGGCAGCAAACCACAUGAAUUUUCAGAUGUGGCUCACCGCCGGGCUACCCUUCUGCAACGCACAAGAAGAACUCGACUACGAGAAGCAAAUAACGACUCUCUUCACCGACGAAGUCGAGCACGAAAUCAGCAAUGAUCUCGUCAAAGCAAUUGACGAGUGGAUCCCGACCGCCAGUGCACCGUUAGUCAAAGAGCUGUCCUGCUCGUUAAAUCUUGCACAGCGUCUUCAGGCCUUUCUAAGCCACCGCUACGACUCUCGUAUCGUUAUCAACUACGAUGGAAAACCAUAUCUUGCGCAGAAAAUAAAGUUCACUCUAACGAAGCUGAGCAAAGCCGAGUGGAUCAGCGAAAAGGAAAAAAGGCGCUUGCGAUGUGAGCGUGACCGUGCACGUCAGCUCGGCUUUCGGCAGUUUUGGAAAAUUCUUCUCAAGAGCAGGAAGCCGAUUGUGGGUCACAAUUUCAUGCAAGAUAUAAUGUUCAUGAUACACAUGCACGAAACGCCCCUUCCAGUGGAUUACCUGGAAUUCAAGAAGCUUCUGCAGCGUACGCUGCCUACUAUCUAUGAUACGAAAACGAUGGCCGCCAAGUUGAUGGGUGACAAUGCAUUCCAGGUCACGCACUUGGAGUCUUUGUAUCAAGAGUGUCGCCGGCGAGCCGGUCUCCUGACCGAUGAAUUUACACUACAGUACCGAUUGCCUCCUGGAUUCUACAACUACAAUGACUAUGCAGUAAAGCAGCAAAGCAAGGCACAUGAAGCAGCAUACGAUGCGUACAUGACUGGAAUUGCAUUCUUGUUGCUGCAUAAACUUUACCCUGACGCCUUCUCUGAAGUGAAAAAUGUCAUUUCUGCUUUUGGAAGUGCUUACCUUUUCUGCAUUGAUGAAAAUGACCAAGUUGCUAACAACAACACAUUCAUUCUGAAGUGUACUGUUCCCUGCUACACUGAAGAGAUCGAGGCACUCUUUUUUGCAAGCGAAGAUAUGGCAGCUCAAGCAGCAACAAAUGGAAAAGUUGAUAUAAGAAAGCUUUCCUAUCAAGUCAGCAGUGUUGCUGCAAGCGACCACAGCAAAAGGUGUAUAACUUUCUGUGUUCGGAUGAAGCAGAGUGUGGGAGUCAACGAUUUAAAUAGUCGCCUACAGUCGCUCCGGGACAAGGAAUUGUCUGACAGCACAAAUUUUAACCGUCUGUUGCUAGAUUGUAUCACUUUACAAAAGCUCUAA